AUGACUGAUACAGACACAUCUGGAAUGAUAAAUGAAGAAAGUGAGGAACACAGAGACCUAAUGGAACUGGAAGGAACAUCAGGAUCAUCAAGGAAGCAAAAAAUACAAGCAAGCAAAUGUUUUACUUGCUCUACUUGUGCGAAAAGAUUCGACAGCAAAGGACACCUCACGACGCACAUGAGAAUCCAUAACAGAGAAAAGUCUGUCAUCUGUCCUCGAUGUGAAAAAUGCUUCCCAAACAAAAAGAAACUUGCAAUUCACACUAAAGAGUGUCCACACACAUGUCCUCAGUGUGGAAAGAGUUUCACACACAAAGGAAAUUUUAAUGCGCACAUGAGAAUUCACACUGGAGAGCGUCCGUAUAUGUGCAGUGAAUGCGGAAAGAGUUUCAGAGAGAAGAAAAAUCAUAAACUGCACAUGAGAAUUCACACAGGAGAGCGUCCACACACAUGUCUUCAGUGCGGAAAGAGUUUCACAUACAAAGGAAAUUUUGAAGUGCACAUGAGAAUUCACACCGGAGAGCGCCCGUACACUUGCAGUGUGUGCGGGAAGAGUUUCAGGGAGAAGAAAGCUCAUGAUUUGCACAUGAUGAUUCACACUGGAGAGCGCCCUUACACAUGUCCUCAGUGUGGAAAGAGUUACACGAGCAAAUUUGGCCUCACAGCCCACAUGGUAAUUCACACAGGACAAAGCCCAUACACUUGUCUUCAGUGUGGAAAGAGUUACGGACAGAAAUCCGGUCUGGAUUAUCACAUGAGAGUUCACACUGGAGAGCGGCCGUACAGGUGCAGUGAGUGCGGAAAGAGUUUUUUGAGGAAGACAUCUCAUACACUGCAUAUGAGAAUUCACACAGGAGAGCGUCCAUACACAUGUCUUCAGUGUAGAAAGAGAUUCAGAUACAAAGGAAAUUUUGAAGCGCACAUGAGAAUUCACACUGGAAAGCGUCCGUAUGUGUGCAGUGAGUGCGGAAAGAGUUUCAUAGAGAAGAAAUCUCACAAACUGCACAUGAGAACUCACACAGGAGAGCGUCCAUACACUUGUCCUCAGUGUGGAAAGAGUUUCGGACAGAAAUCCGGUCUGGAUUAUCACAUGAGAGUUCACACUGGAGAGCGGCCGUACACAUGUAUUGAGUGUGGAAAGAGUUUCAUACAGAAAUCAAGUUUACUUUUGCACAUGAGAAUUCACACUGGAGAGCGUCCACACACAUGUCCUCAGUGUGGAAAGAGUUACAAGAGCAAAAUUGGUCUUAAAGCCCACAUGGUAAUUCACACAGGACAAAGCCCAUACACUUGUGUUCAGUGUGGAAAGAGUUUCGGACAGAAACGCAAUCUGGAGAAACACAUGAGAGUUCACACUGGAGAGCGGCCGUACAUGUGUGAAACUACACAGAAUGCCAUUGAACCAGAUAACAGCACCAUGUUUUCAAUGGAGCAUGAUAAUGUUACUUUAUCAUGUAAAUAUUCUGGAUCAGUAGACCGUUUUCUCUGGUACCACCAAACACCAGGAUCCAGUCUGGAGUUUCUAGCAAUGAUUGAUGAAUCUUCUGGAUAUGUGACAGAAGCCAAUCCACCUCAUGAGCGUCUGUCAAUCAAACUUCAUAAAGGACAGAAUCGUGUUACACUUGAAAUAUCUUCCACAGCAUGGCCUUCUAUGACUACUGAUCUGAAUCCUAUCGAACAUCUGUGGAAAGAGCUGAAACUUGCAGUCUGGAGAAAGAACCCAUCAAACCUGAGUCAGCUGGGGCAGUUUGCUCAGGAAGAGUUGGCCAAACUACCUGUUACAUGUGCAGGAGUCUCAUUGAGAGCUAAAGAAAAUGUUUGCUUGUAG